AUGUUCUCGCUUGCAGCGUCAUUUGCGAGGCUCACUGUCGCCGCACGACCAGCACUAGCCCGCCCGUCGCUCCGAUCCGCCGUCGCCGCCUCGUCCUCACCUCCGCUCGCCUCGACCUCGCGAGUCCAGCUCCAACACGCGUUCUCGACCUCGCGACCGGCACAGGCGACGCUGAACCAGGUCACGCGUGGCUGCCGCAAGCCCAAGAAGCGCGGAGUGAAGACGCCAGCGCUCCAGGGCUGCUACCAGAAGAAGGGUGUGUGCAGCAAAGUGUACACGGUCAAGCCCAAGAAGCCGAACUCGGCCGUGCGCAAGGUCGCCAAGGUCAAGCUCAGCACGGGCAGGAGCAUCAUCGCCUACAUCCCCGGCGAGGGACACAACUUGCAGGAGCACUCGGUCGUGCUCAUCCGAGGCGGCCGAACACAGGACUUGCCGGGCGCAAAAUACAAGAUCGUCCGAGGCGCGCAGGACUUGAGCGGUGUUGUGGGACGGGCAAGCUCGCGGUCCAAGUAUGGAGUCAAGAAGCCGAAGAAGUAG